UUCAACUCAUUAGGUAGUUUCGUUUUAGGCUGUUAUAUAUUCUAGAGUCACCACCAUGUUGUUAAUGCACCGAGCAAAAUGGUAGGAAAAAUUUCAAAAUACUACCUUUAAAUAAAUGUUAUUUAAGUUUGAACAAGGCAGGUAAUCGAUUUUGCUUCCUUGUAGGUCAUCUCGCGUGCGGAGAUUUUAACCUUGUGAUGACUAGCAAGCGGGAUAAUACUAAACUUCAAAAUGAACGACAUCAACUCAUAAUUCAAGAGUUACUACGUGAUGAUGAUAAUAAGUAUUGUGCAGACUGUGAUGCCAAGGGUAAGAAAUUCUUACUUUAAUGUUAGUUAAGGUCCACGAUGGGCUUCUUGGAACAUUGGCGUUUUCCUGUGCAUAAGAUGUGCCGGAAUUCAUCGUAAUUUGGGAGUUCACAUAUCAAAAGUCAAAUCAGUAAACCUGGACACAUGGACUCCUAUGCAACUGGCUGUAAUGCAACGAUUCAAAAUCAUUUUCCUUUCUAGAUUAUGAGGGAUAUGGGUAAUAGCAAAGCCCGGGCAGUAUAUGAAGCAAAUCUUCCCGAUAAUUUCAGAAGGCCACAAACGGACUCAGCACUGGAGACUUUUAUUCGGGCAAAGUAUGAACAAAAGAGAUAUAUAGCCCAUGAAUAUGUCCCAAGUAAACCGGAUGUUGAUUCCUUGAUGAAAGAAUUACAACGUCUCGAAUUGGGUCAAAAGAAAAGAUCUAGUGCUGUAAGUCUAGGACCAGCAAUACAACAGCCUGUUAAUAAGACUCAUCAACCAAAUAAAGAGCCUUCGCUAAAAAAGUCUGAAGCAAACAGUGUUAAUAGGACGAACAAUGAUUUCGACCUUUUGGGACUUGAUAAUGCAUCUAGUUCAGUAGAUCAAAGCGAUCUGUUUGGUCAGUUGGGUUCUAAUCAAGUAAAUAGCAGUCAACACCAACCGCCGACAUCUGGGCAACAACAGUCAGUCAACAUACCAGUAGAUAUGGGUCAUCAAGAUGGGAAACCAAAAGGUGUUCCAUCUAGUUUGACAUCCGAUCUUCUGGGUUUAGACUUUGGAAGUAGUAGUUCGGAAGCUGAGAAAUUUACAGCUCCUUCAAAAGACUCUUCGACCUCUACAACUAAGAUCACUAAAGAUUCAAUCUUGGCUCUUUACCAGCAAAGUACACCACAUUCUGGGAACUUAGGAUUCAUGUCCUAUUCAGGAAACAUGGGACAAUUUCCAACUCCUAAUGUGUCAGGAAGUCAGUAUUUUGGUUGCAAUACGCCAACAGAUCAGUCAAUGCACAACAAAGGCUUUGGCAACUUAGGUGAUGCAAAUAUUCGACAGUCGGAUUUCUCCACUAAUAAGUUCGUGUCAUCAGGUAUAAGUACAUCUGCUGGUGGAAAUAAAAACGCUAUUGUUCCUCCUCAAUUUCCUCCUGCAUCGUCUAAUUUCGCUGUAUGGCCUGACAACAGCUCCUCAUUUUACUCGCCUGUACCGCAACAACCUGCUCAAAAUGUUCCUGGAAAUCAAUUCGGGUCAUUUGUUGGAGCGUCUGCCUUCAACUGUAACCCCAAUCCGUGUAUGACUCCACAAGCUCAGUCAUGGAGCACAAAUCAACCCUCGUCAAACCAAACAUUUGGAGGUUAUGUUUCCCAUCCAACAAAUCUAGUGUCUAACCAUGAGGCAUAUCUAUCUCAGGUGAAAAGUCAACUGACAUCAUUACAUUUAGGUAAGAGUCCUCUUAACCCGUAACACUGUGAUGGAUUUCCUUGGCUUUGGUAAAUAUUUACAAGUAUGCAUUCUUUGUAGAAUGCAAAUAACCGAAUAAUCAUAUCUGCCUACAUUUCGAUGAAGCAUACUGUAAUAAUAAUAUUAAUAGUGUUAUUAUUAUUACCCUUACAGAUUUAAUGUUUUUUUUUGAAGCAAUCAUCAUUUGUCUCCGUUGUAAUACGUCUUAAAGACUAUAUAAUAUAUGUAACAGUUCUACUGUGAUCUGUUUUAUAGACGAUGGGUUUUCCUUUCUUUUUUUAUAGUGGGGUAGCAUUUGUUAUCUCAGCUGUUUAUUGUCAAUCUGAGCAUUGCUUAUUAUUGUGUGUGUGUGUGUGUGUUGGCUAUUUUCCUCCCGUUUUCACAACUGUUUCAACUUGUUGUUAUUAUCGACAUUGAUGAAUAAGUUCUGUGCUUUUAAAUGUUCAGUAGACUUGAUACGUGUUUGUGUAAUACAUGGUGAUGAAUUCUGUUGAUCAUUCUUUCUUUCAUAAAGUUUAUUAUUAUGAAAUAAUAUGGUUUUAUUGUGAUAAAUCAAAAUAAUAUUUUAAUUCUUUCCUUCUACAUUUGCAAUAAAGAAGCAGCUUAUUGUUAGUUGUCAAAUGAAAGUCAUUACGUGACUGUUCUUUUCUUUAUUUUCUUUGAAAAUGAUCUUUUGUACAAUAUUACAAUAUAAGGUUGAAUGAAAUCUGAU